AUGCGCUUGUGUAACUGUCUUUAUAUCUACAGCAUCUUCCUGAUGAAUGACUUUGUGUUCUUCUCUUGUGUUGGCACUGUAAAUGAAGUCACAGCCUCAUUAGAAGCACAGGAUUGGCAAAGUGAGCAGAGCAGUGAGGAAGACGAUCUUACAGAUGUCUUGAGCAGAAAUCGCAGGUCUACUGCCACUCUGAGAGUCCUGUCCUCCAUGCCCAGUCGGUCUGCUGGCCGAAGAGGCCCUGCUGCUUCAGUAUAUAAAUAUCAGACACGGGCCACGCAGCGCCGUAGACGCUGGCAGGCCCAGGACUCUGAAUCGACCGCCAGAGGCCACAGCACAGAGGCAAUGGCUGAGGAGUUCAGUGACGAGGUGGCGCAGAGGGAGGAGCUGUUAAAGAGUCUACAGAGCAUGACCGAUGUGGAAUGUGUGCGUACAUUGCGUGCCAUGCCUCUCAGCUUGACUGAGAAGAGAAAAUUCAGGGAUCAGGCAUGCAGGGGCAAAAGAGGAAAAACCCAAUCCAUGGAUAGGGUGCCCUGUUGCAGUUGGCUUAAGGUCAAUUUUACGAAGAGCUCUACACGGCUUUGGCAUGCUGACCUCAAAAGGGUGGGCGGUCGCUUUGGCACUGGAGUCCUGUCUUAUUUCCUCUUCCUCAGGACUCUACUACAGUACAACAUCUUCCUCUUCCUCAUCAAUGGCCUCUUUGUAGUCAUACCGCAGGCCUUUCAACUCCCUGCUCAUGUCACCAAUCAGAAUAGCUUUUCUUGGCUUGAUCUGCUCACUGGAGAGGGCUUUUUCAGAGAUACAUUGAUGUUUUAUGGGUACUACACCAACUCUACCAGUAUGGGGAUCUGCAACUCUAAACAGAACGAUGAUUGUGCAGCUCAAAAAGGGAUGUACAACAUACCACUGGCCUAUCUUUCCAGCAUUGCGAUAGCCUUCUUUGUCACUUGUACUAUACUGGUGUACAGCAUGUCCAAGUCCUUUGGGAGAAGCUUCCGGAUAUUUAAAUCUCACGGGAACUUAGCUCUUAAGGUUUUCUGCAGCUGGGAUUUUAAAGUCAGCAAGAAGGCAUUUAUCAAACGGCAGUCUGAGAAUAUCUGCACCCACCUCAAGGAGUUGCUGUCAGAACUGAACUGCAAAAAAGAGCACAGGACUGUGCAGGGGGUGCUAAGAUGCCUAGUAAUGCAUGCCCUGGCAUGGCUGAUUUGCCUGAGCAGCACGCUUAUUUGCGUGUUAAGCAUCUUCUACUUCCCAGAAUAUAUUGAACAGAAUGACUUUGCAUCACAGUAUAAUUUGGGUCAAGAUAUUCGUUUGCUGGCCCUGCCUGUCUUGGUGUCCAGUGUAAAUCUUUUGCUGCCUGAUCUCUUCAGUAUUGUUGCCUGGAUGGAGAACUACAAUUCACCAAGCAUUCAGGUCUAUGUCUCCAUCUCCAGGAAUUUGCUGUUAAAGGUAAGCGUUGUUGCUGUGCUGUGCUACCAUUGGAGGGUGAAAAUUUAUGCAGGGGUAGAGAAAGAUCCAUGUUGGGAAACAUAUGUCGGACAGGAGCUGUAUCGUUUCCUCCUCCUGGAUUUAAUCUUUACGGUGCUGUACACUAUUUUUGGGGAAUAUAUCUGGAGGUUCUUUUCCAAAUGCAUACUCAGGAGAAAGAGUAAACUGGUAUUCGACAUUGCUCGAAAUGUCCUGGAGCUCAUCUAUGGACAGACUCUUGUCUGGCUUGGUGUGCUCUUUAGCCCCUUACUUCCAGCAGUUCAGAUUAUCAAACUGCUGCUUUUAUUCUACUUGAAAAAGACUAGCCUGAUGGCAAACUUCCAAGCUCCCAUUAAGCCAUGGAGGGCCACCCAGAUGAGCACGCUCUUUGUCACGCUGCUUUGUUUCCCCUCGUUUCUUGGUGCAGCUGUGUGUGUUGCAUACACCUUAUGGACGAUGAAGCCGUCUUCAGAGUGUGGGCCAUUUAAUGGUCACCCCACCAUGCUCAUAUCAGGCAAACAGUGGAUCCAGCAGCUGGAGGGAAGCCCUGGACUUGCCUGGCUUGUCUGGAUUUACACCCACCUGGUGGAUUAUCCACUGUUUCUAUUUCUCAUAGCAGGGGUCUUUUUAUCUGUCAUUUAUAUCUACACCCAAAUCAUAGAUGGCCAAAGGAGGAUCGUUGCCUUGUUACAGGAGCAAAUUGACAAUGAAGGUGAGGACAAGAAGUUCCUCAUCACCAGACUGCAGGCCCUCAAUGAACAAGCACCGCGUUCACCGUAA